GGAAAAUCAAAGGCCCGAUCCAGAAAGUUCUUUUCUCUCUCUCUCUCUCUCUCUCUCUCUCUUCUGUCUUGUCCAACAAGUUCACACACAACAUCUUGGGGUCGACUGUCGAGAAAAUUUCUCAGCCAAGAAGAUAUCAAAAUCAAAGUCCUUCCUUUCGGGUAGCUCUUAAAACAUGUCUCGGAGAUACGAUAGCCGCACCACGAUCUUCUCCCCGGAAGGCCGUCUCUACCAAGUCGAGUACGCCAUGGAGGCCAUCGGAAACGCCGGUUCCGCCAUCGGUAUCUUAUCCAAAGACGGCGUCGUCUUGAUCGGCGAGAAGAAAGUCACCUCCAAGCUUCUCCAAACCUCCACCUCCUCCGAGAAAAUGUACAAGAUCGACGACCACGUCGCCUGCGCCGUCGCCGGUAUCAUGUCCGAUGCUAACAUACUCAUCAACACGGCUCGUGUCCAAGCCCAGCGCUACACCUUCAUGUACCAAGAGCCCAUGCCCGUGGAGCAGCUUGUUCAGUCUCUCUGCGAUACCAAACAAGGGUACACGCAGUUCGGUGGUCUUCGUCCUUUUGGAGUGUCGUUUCUCUUUGCGGGGUGGGAUAAGAACCAUGGGUUUCAGUUGUAUAUGAGUGACCCGAGUGGGAACUAUGGUGGUUGGAAAGCUGCAGCCGUUGGGGCUAACAAUCAGGCUGCUCAGUCUAUUCUGAAACAGGACUACAAGGAGGAUGCGACCAGAGAAGAGGCGGUAGAGCUUGCGUUGAAGGUUUUGAGCAAGACUAUGGACAGCACGAGUUUGACGUCCGAGAAGCUUGAGCUUGCUGAGGUGUUUUUGACUCCAUCGGGGAGUGUUAAGUACCAUGUUCACUCUCCUGACUCGCUCACCAAGCUGUUGCUGAAGCACGGUGUGACUCAACCUGCUGCUGAAUCAUCCUGAGCACAGAAACUAUGUCCCUGUUGUCUCAUCUCCUUUUAGCUAUCUUGUUAGUUCUCUGUUUUAAAACUUUCGGUUUUAGUUUGAUGUGGGGAUGAAACUGGAAUUUCAUGAGAAUUUGAUCUGAAGGUACUUUGAGUUACAAUUUUUAUUUCGUAA